AUGGAAACGAUACUCAAUUUUCAUGGGCCUGAAUCUUGGUUUUGUAACGGGGAGUCCUUUCACAUGUUUCUCUGCAUCAAGAUCGAGCAGGGCAUUCGUCUACGCCGAUUUCUCCAUGGGGAAAACAACCCUCACCAGCCCAGAUCGUUUACUCCUUCUGCCCUGAAAACAGCGAAUCUCGCCCUGGAAGAGCUCGACUAUCUUUCCACAGACCGCGCCCAGCAUCCUUCCCAGCACUCAAAUGCCGCGCCAAGCCACAAGAAAGGUGACCAGACGGGUGGAGAGAGCACCAAAGAAGUAGUCCAGAUGGCGCAUGUUGACAAGGAGUGA